CCGCCGCGCCUGAGGGCCACCGCCCGCCGGACCCAUCAGAAAGUUUUCCGGCUUAAUGUCGCGGUGUAUGAGUCCGCGGCUGUGGACGGCGGCCAACACGUCGAUGGCCUGCACGGCAAUCAUCAACAGGGUUUUGGUCGAGAAUUUUUGGCCACAGAGCUGGAACAGCUUCUCCAGAUCGGCCCCGAGUCGGUCCAUGACCAUGAUGUGACCCAACUCCGGCCUCAAAUGUACGCAAAAAACUCUUUCGACCGUUUUGGCGAUGAUUUGGUCCGACUUAUACUGUCUUACCUUUCAUUUAACAGUUUUGAGGAGAAAUCUCUUCACGAAAGUGUGUCAAAACAGUUCCGAAAAGUGAUUUACGACACAAUUAAUGACAUCUCUAUUCGUCACGAAGUAAUCGUCAAAAUGAGAGCGGAAGACACGGAUCUAUUGGAUGAACAGUUGUGCCGCAAACUGAUUGUAUUUCUGCAGAAGAAGUGCCCAAAUGUACAAACA